AGAUAGUGAAGCUACCCUUGUUUCUAGUUGAAACCAAGCGAAAUGAUGAUGGAAAGAAGAUUUGGAAUUUGGAAAAACUUCGAGGACUUGAUGUCGUAGUCAGACAGUACAAGAAGAAGCCUGGACCUGUGCAGUGUCACAGGUGCCAGCGUUAUGGACACUCAAGAGAGCACUGCCAUUACAGAGCCCGCUGCAUGAAAUGUGCAGGCUGGCAUGAAACGUUCACGUGCAAAACUCCCAAGGAGAAACUACCGGCGCGCUGUGCGCUCUGUGAUGGAAGUCAUGUCUCGUCGUACAAGGGAUGUGAAAAGUAUCCUAAAAUCCAAAGAAAUGAACCCCAACUCUCAGCGAAAGAGCAGGAAGCUAGAUUUAAUUUGAAUAAAGAUGACUUCCCCACCUUGCCGGGUGGAAAAACUGACGAAAACGCCAAAACUUGGCCCAGUUGGGCGAAAGGCGGAAAACCUGAAGAGAACAUAUUUGAUUGGUUCAAAAAGCAGCUUUGCAAAGUGAAGGAACUUUUUACGAAGUUUAAGUCAGCAAAGUCCCUAAUGGGUAAAAUUGAAGUCGGCAUGGAAGCCAUCGAAUACAUUUCAAAUAUUGAAUAUGAGUUCUAAUAACCAUGCUCACGUGACAAAUCUGAUCGAUGCGACGCAUUCUUACUUAAGGAUAUCCCUUUUCAAUGCAAAUGGUGUUUACUACAAGAAACUUGAAUUAAUGGACUUUUUAUCGGCUCAUGAUAUUGACAUUAUGUUGAUAAGUGAGACUCAUCUCAAGCCUUGUGAUAAGUUCAAAAUCCCAGGUUAUAGCGUUAUUAGAAGCGAUAGGCUCAGGACUACCCGCGGAGGUACUGCAGUUGUGAUCAAGAAUCACAUUAAAUUCAACACUAUCAAGCUCCCGACGACGACGAGAUUAGAAUACACUGCAAUUCUUGCUAGCAGUACGACCAAUGAGAAUUACCUUAUAGUAGCAGCGUACAACCCCCCGCAGGAUAUCAACUUACAGGACUUAGACAUCAUAAUGUCGACGAAUUUCCCUACCAUACUUGCGGGUGAUCUAAAUGCAAAAGAUCGCUCCUGGGGAGCCAGGAUGGAAGUCAAGAAAGAACUGUCGUCAGACCACUAUCCAGUAGUGUUUGAUUUUCACGGCUUUUACCCUGACCCUCCAAGGAAACGCACUAAAGUGAAUUGGACCAGCUUUACAGAUAAACUACGGAACAUGCCUUGUAAUCCCCAUCUGAGAGACAGCGGGGAAAUUGAAAGUGAAAUUUAUUCGCUGACUUCCAAAAUUCAAAAUGCGAUUAAGAGUUCUUCGUAUGCUUGCAGAGAUACCUUGAGGAAUAAACUCCCUGAAGAUAUAUCUCGCGACAUAAAGGAAAGAAAUAGAAUUAGGAAAAGGUUUAAUGUUACGCAAGACCCUUCACUUAAAAGGACUAUAAACUACCUCAACAGGAAAAUUCAGGCCGGCAUCAUGGAAUUCAGGUCAAGUAAUUGGGAUAAUCUUUUAGAGCAUUUUAGCACUGAUACAAGCUCUAUGUGGAAAAUUGUGAAUGCGAUGAAAAAAGAUAGGACGUAUCACAUUGCUCCAAUUAGUCACAUGGGAUCCACCCACUAUUCUGAAGAAGACAUAGCCAAUGUCCUUCUUCCGGCUAUCGGAAAAAUAUUUGAGAAAGCUUUAAACAACAGAAUUACAGACCACCUAGAAAGAUUGGAUCUGAUAGACCCGGCCCAAUUUGGUUUCCGGAAACACCACAGUACAACCCAUCAAGUACUAAAUAUCGUUGAGAUUAUCACGAGAGCUUUUUUCCACAAGACUGGUGUGGCAGCAUGCUUCAUAGACCUUGAGAAGGCCUUCGACAAGGUCUGGCACGAAGGACUGAUUUACAAGCUAAAUAACUUUCUUUUUCCUGUCAGCCUUGUGAAGUUAAUCAUCUCAUACCUAAAAAGAAGAACCUUCCAGGUGAGAGUUGGAGACUCCCUUUCCGGAAGGAAAAUCAUUGCCAGCGGCGUCCCGCAAGGGUCUGUUAUUGGCCCAAAAUUAUUCAACAUUUUCGUUAAUGAUUUACCCAACCCACUGAAUGCUAAAACCCUGAAAUAUGCAGACGACACGGUGAUUUUAUCGGAAUCUAAAAGCCCCCAACUUGCUCUUACUAACCUACAGUUUCACAUCAACAUAGUAGCUGCUUGGUGUCAACUUUGGAGAAUUAAAAUUAAUACCGCGAAAUGUAAAAUUGUCCAAUUCCGUCGCUACAGAAGAAAUGUCACUACGAACACGGAUAUCAAGAUAGAGAAUGAUGUGAUUCCAGUUUGCUCGUCCGCAAAGUACUUGGGAGUUACCCUAGAUGAUAGGCUCACCUUCAAAGAGCACGUAACCAACCAAGUAAAUAAAGCAAACGGAGUUUUCAUGUCGCUUUAUACUGUUAUAGGUAGGAAAUCGAAAUUGAGCUUAAAAGCUAAACGCAUGAUCUAUCUCACUAUGAUUAGGCCAGUUAUGCUCUACGCCGCCCCAGCGUGGGCAAUUGCCAAUAAGACGGAUAGGAGAAAACUAGAAGUCCUUCAAAACAAAAUUUUGAGAGCCAUCACUAACGCGCCCUGGUUUGUACGAAAUAGCAUCAUUCAUGCAGACUUGAAAAUAAAGCCCAUUCCUGAACAAAUCCUCAUGGAGGCGCACAACUUCUUCGAAAAAAUGGAUAAUUCUCCAGUGCACACGCUAAGAGAACUCGGUAAUUAUGACCCUACGGUGGACAGCGUGGUGAAGAGACCUCGGUCAAUUCACCAUAAUGCGCGGUGGUGAUGUAAAUAUGUAAAUAGUGUACAUAUGAAGUUGUGUUUUGUGCUCUAUCUAACCUUAUUUAACCAAGUACUGUGUUACUGCCAAAAUUGGCUAUUUGCCUGGAAGCAGG